AGUCGAAAGUCAACGAAAAACGGAAGAUGAUGAAGCGCGAAAUGAUGGCAGUGAAUUAAAAAUGAUAACAUGAUGAAAUAUGUUUCAAAACGGACAGUUCCACAAGGCGCGGACUAAACCCUGUGAUUCGAGCAUGUGUCAGCAUGUUCACGAAAAAUGUUCGCGUAACAAUACAAAAACCAAAUAUCCCGCCCAAAAAAUAGUAUGUUUCAAUUUGUACAGUUUUAUCGUUGUGACAUUUUUAUCUCUGCGCGCAGUUAAUUCCAAUACUACAAACAUGAAUCGACAUUUGAGUGAAACAUUCGUUGCUGGCAAAGAUUUCAAAUCAAUAACUGAUGUUCAUCAAAGUGAUCAGCCCAGUGAAGAUAAUUACGAAGAUCAUGACCCAGUACAUGGAAGUGAAAACGUAGAUUAUACAAAAGUCAAUUUCGAACACAAUCCUUAUUACAAUAGCGAGCAUUUUAUACACAAUAAAUUUUAUAACAGUGAAAACAAUGUGUACAGUAACUACGAGGACUACAAAAACUUUUACUUGAAUCCCAAUAAUCCAAUUCCUAAAUCGAGUGUUAAGUUUAAAAUUAGUAGUAGAAUAGUGCAGACUAAAUAUGGGAAAUUACAGGGCAUUGUUUUGGCUAUGGACGAGCACAGAUACUUGAGUCCUCUAGAAGUUUUUUUAGGUGUUCCAUACGCAACGCCUCCAGUCGGAUCCAAUAGGUUUAGCCCCACAAGAACGCCCUCCCCAUGGGACGGCGUCAGGGUCUCCGACAGGCCAGGUCCCGCUUGCCCGCAGAAACUACCCGACCUAGACGAUGAGCGGACCAUGUUAGAGAAAAUGCCUAAAGGCAGACUAGAGUAUUUAAAAAGACUGAUGCCUUAUCUUAAGAAUCAAAGUGAAGAUUGUCUAUAUUUAAACAUAUUCGCACCUUUGCAAAUGGACGAAACAAAGCUGGCACUGCCAGUCUUAGUAUACAUCCAUGGAGAGAGCUAUUCAUGGAGUUCCAGCAACCCUUACGAUGGCGCGGUUCUGGCCAGCUACACGGAUUUGAUCGUUGUCACUUUGAACUUUAGGCUAGGUGUUUUAGGAUUUUUAAAUGCAAAUCCAGCGCCGAACAUAAAAGCGCGCGUCGCCAACUACGGGCUGAUGGACCAGAUAGCCGCGCUGCAUUGGGUGCAGCAGAACAUAGCUCUCUUUGGAGGCGAUCCAACGAACAUAACGCUAAUGGGCCACGGGUCUGGUGCGGCUUGUAUAAAUUUUCUUAUGAUAUCGCCAACUGUGAUGCCAGGGUUGUUCCAUAGAGCAAUACUUCUAUCAGGAUCAGCACUAAGCUCUUGGGCUAUCGUAGAUGACCCCGUCUACUACUCCCUGAAACUAGCCAAGCACAUGAACUGUAGUAUACCAGACGACCUCACAAAAGACCACGAGAUCAUAGUAGACUGUCUGAGAGAAGCGACGAUAGAAGAACUGCUGUCAAUAGACAUAUCGCCUCCUAACUUUUUGACAGCAUUCGGUCCAUCUGUAGACGGAGUGGUUAUAAAAACGGACUUCGCGAAGGACUUUCUCACAAUGUAUUCGACAGGAGACUUUCCUAGUUUUGGGCCUCUAAAUAACAUGAAUUUGAAUCUCAAUAUUCAUAAGAAAAGAAGUGACAGUGGGAGAAGGUUGUUCCAAAAUAAGUAUGAUCUGCUGUUCGGAGUUGUGACAAGCGAAGCGCUAUGGAAGUUCUCAGCUCACGACAUUCAGAAUGGAAUCGAGCCUGACAAAAGAGACAGGAUGUUGAGGACCUACGUGAGGAAUGCAUACACGUACCACCUGAGCGAGAUAUUCUACACCAUUGUCAACGAGUACACCGACUGGGAACGAACGGUAGAGAACCCAAUAAACACUAGAGACGCGACGGUGGCCGCGCUAUCGGAUGCCCAGUACGUGGCCCCACUGGUACAAAGCGGGGAUUUGCUGAGCGGUGGCCCCAAGCCGGCCCCUAGCGAUGAAGAUGGACCUAGACGGCCUACGAAGACGUUCUUCUACGUGUUUGAUUAUCAGACUAAGGAUGGAUAUUUAAAUCCACAAAGAAUGGGAGCAGUCCAUGGCGAAGAGUUGCCUUACGUCUUCGGAGCUCCCCUGGUGGAUGGGUUCGGCCAUUUCCCCCAAAAUUACACCAAGUCUGAAGUAGCUUUGUCAGAGUCCAUCAUGUUGUUUGUGGCUAACUUUGUGAAGACAGGAAACCCGAACGACAACGUUCGGCAGGAGGUCGUGCUGCCGGCCUCGAGGGAGAGGAACAAGUUCCGAGGAGUGAGCUGGGAGGAGUACGACUCGACGCAUCAGAAGUAUUUGGAAAUAGGGAUGAAGCCUCGGCUGAAGAACCACUUCAGAGCGCAUCAGCUGUCGGUAUGGCUCAGGUUGGUUCCAGAACUCCAUAGAGCUGGUAUGGAGGAUGUAGCCGCAAGACACAAUCUCUUCAGAAACCACAACGAGCAAGAACUCUACGAAGGCGUCGUCAGACCAGAUCCUUUGGCUAGAAACAUCAACGAUAACGAAAUCAAAAGAACAAACGGAUCGUAUUCGGAUACAGCUCUAACAACAGUCGAUACGAUACUGGCUACAUGUGCAACCAUUCUGCCUGGGAGAGAUCUGCAAACGGUCAAUGCUACUGAUAAUACUCUAGCCAAUUUGGAAGCAGCUGGGUAUGCAGCAUAUUCCACUGCUCUAAGCGUCACCAUAGCAAUAGGAUGUUCACUUUUGAUUCUUAACGUACUGAUAUUUGCUGGAGUGUAUUACCAGAGAGAUAAGUCUAGAUCCCGAGGCAAGCAGCAGAGGUUCAACGAAAAACAUUUCGAGACGAUAUCUGGGAAGCAUUCCCAUUACCACAUGGAUCCAACGCACGCUCCAAGUUUGGUUGUGGAUGUUGAGAGGCAGAAUAGAAAAAAGCACAUGAUGGGGUCCGACGCUCACUUAUCGGGCUUAAACUUCAAAGGGCCGCUAGACGUUCCGAAGUCCCCGCCAAGUCCAACUAUGAGCAUCGACAACAUGAUGCUGCCGAGCAAACUUGGCAGCCGCAACAGUAGUUUUAGGAUACCCAACGUGAGUUACCCUCAGAUGGGCGGGUAUGCGACUAUGCCCAAGAAUUUGAACAAGUUUAAUAACUCGCCCCCGAUGCAGGAACUGAGGCAACAGAAAUUCCAGCCUCCGAACGGCUCUACAGCGCAAGGCUCCCCUGGGAGGGACGGCGAGCCGAGGGGAGGCCCUCACGCGACCCUACGGAGGGGUAAAGCCUCCCACACCCCCACCCUCCCGCAAGCUGCCAUCGACGAAAUGAGAGUGUGACAGUUAAUUCCAUCUGACUUUACAUUACAGGAUUAAAAAGUGUUUCAAGCUCUUUGAAAAGUGUAAUUCGUAUGUAAUUUGAUGCCAUUGUAAAUAGUGUGUACGGAUGAGUCGAGUUUUUUUAGGGAAAAAAAAUGUUAACGAGU